GGCGUUCUUCUUUUUUCCCCAGAUAUUCGCCAUGAACUUUCUACCUUCCACGAGGCUCUUCAGACGUGAAGUCUAUUCCCUCACAAGCAAGACACCAGCCUAGUUGCUCACUUCAAUCCGAGUUCAAGAAUUACUCUCAACAUAAAUCACUUUGAACAUUUUUCAAGGCGCUGUACAUCCUGGUAUCGGAGAUGGACAUCAGUUUUGAAGUCGGGCUUCUUGGACAACCCGACUUGUAUUGGAAACGCUGGAUUUCAUUGUGGUCUGUGAAAUAGUUCAUUUUCCGUAGUAAAGGCUGAAGAACCGGAGCUUGAAUGGAGUGCAAAGUUCUAACUCAAUUCCAAUCUUGACCAAGUCUGACCGGGGAUCACCUCAUGGGCCGGUCAGGCCGGCAGCGUGACGUCAUAGAAUGUUCCCCCGCCCCUCCCGCGUUCUCCGGCUCGCCAUCUUCCUGACAGCGGCAGUGUCCGUCUGUCUGUGCGUCUACCUCAUUACGGUGGACUUACGACCCACCAGCCCCGCUCUCAACGUCCCGCAGCUAGCUGUUGGUCCUAUACGAGCAGAAAGACGAAUACAACGAGUAGACAUACAGGUAGAUCCUCCUGGAGGGGUCAGUUCGGCGACGAGAAUGGCUUCAUCGACGUCAAAACAAGACGGAUACAAGAGAGAGUUGUUUGAUCAGCGAGUUCGCGCGAUGAUCCAACGCGCGGAGAGACUUUCCAGUCUGACCCAAUCGGCCGUGGGUGCGCUGGGGAAACCAUUAGGACAACCCACUAUUGUAAAUCCUCACAACUUUCGCUACAUCCAUAACCCAUCGAAGCUGUGCCAGCGAGUAGCACCGAGAUUCCUGAUUUACAUCCAUUCCUCGCCAGGGAAUCUGAAAAAACGACAGGUCGUAAGACAGACGUGGGGACAUCCACGAGUCCUGGCGCUCUACAACGCUUCUAUGGUGUUUCUCCUUGGCAGGAGCAGCCCACAGCUACAGUCUUUGGUAGAUAUGGAGUCUCGCAACUACGGUGACAUCGUUCAGGAGGAUUUCGUGGACAGCUACAGAAACCUGACUCACAAAGGCAUUGCCGGGCUAAAGUGGGUCUCUAGCUUUUGUCGGCAAGCGGAAUUUUUGCUAAAAACUGAUGACGAUAUUCUACUGGAUUUUGUUUCACUGAUGGAACAUUUUCUAGUCAAAGUUUUGCCUGGACAUGGUGGCAAGCGUUUGGUAUUGUGUAAUUUAUGGACGCGCAUGCAGGUGUUGCGAGAUACAAAAUCUAAAUGGUACAUAUCACGGGAGGAGUUUCCGGCAGACUAUUUCCCCGCCUACUGUUCAGGCUCUGCCUUCCUCCUCAGUGCUGAUUUGGCUCCUCCUCUUUACAAUACGGCGCUGCGCACGCCCUUUUUCUGGGUGGAUGAUUACUACGUGACGGGUCUGCUGGUGAACACACUGGGCAUCAAGCACGUGCGACUCAACAGUGCCUACCUCAUGGACUACAGCGUGGUGGAGGAGCGGCUUCGUAACGACUCACGGGAGCUCAUGGUGUUUCACGUCAAGAGGCUCAACAGGUUCCUGUCGCUGUGGCCACGACUCGUGCAGCGACACCCGGGCAUGGCAGACUACUUAUCUGACCACGUGAGCUUCCCCACACACGAUCAAGACUCUUCCUCGUCUGGUGGGGCGGAAAACGUGAACAAGAUCGAAUACCAAGACUCGAAGGUCAAGAGCACAUCAUACCCAUCUGCCAUCUCGUCGUCACUUGUUGUGCUGGUCAACAGCUCGGCAUCGAUACCGAAAAACUCUUCUUUUCCUUCUGAUUUUAAUUAUCAGAAACGAAAAGAAGAAAAUCGAACAAACCAACAAUUUUCUAGAAAAGUGGGACAGAACAGCAUCUCCUAUUCCAAACAACGAAAUCGUCAAAAGAGUGUGAACAGCAACAACAUUCCAAACCGAGCUAGACGGAAUGAUAGUAUAGACCAAAUAACAAGCAAUAGUAGCAGUUCUGUGAUAAAGGAUUAUAAAGUGAAGACUGGCGUUAUCAAACAGGUGACUCCUGCAGGGGCUGUACUAAUUAGGACAGACAGACCUGAAAAAGAGGACCACAAAAGAGCUUACAACGUGAGGAGAAGGAUGGGCUGGAUCUAGCUGUAUAGCCUGGUGUAUCUGACCUCGAAAAUUCACCCAUAUCUAUUCUUACAGAGCUCCUCAUCAAGUAAGGAGGAAUACUUCAACAAAAACAUUUAUCUCGAGACAUCCCAGUUCUGAGGUUAGAGUGAUACAUUCUUUACUCACCUUGGGUAUCAGAGCAGGGUCAAUACAUGUUAGAGUUUAGAGGCUGACACCGAACAACAAUUCUACCUGUGAAGGGUAUACAAAAAUAGUGUAUUAUAAGAUUGUUCACUCUUAAAUUACGUUUUUUUUUUAAGUCCUAAAAAAUCGACGUGCAAAUUUGUGAAUGUCGCCCCCAUCCCCGGCGUCCUUGUGUUUCAAAUAGUGGUUCUUUUAGACCACCCUGUUGCUCUUGUUUUCUGUGUGCAAGAUACCCCCCGCCUCCCACACCACCCACGCUUUAGAAAAUAAUAUUUCAAAUAAAGUUGUAAACAAUCUUA